AUGGCAGUACUUAAGAUUUAUGUCUUGGCUUUGGCAUUACUAAUAAUAUCAGUUGAAAUUCCAGUAACAUUAUCUAGUGAUCAUCUAGUGUAUUCUGCAGCAAAUGGUGAUCCAAGCUGCGAUGAUAAUUUACAAGGUUUAGUAGCACAGUGUACUAACUAUGUAAUGAAGCUGGUAUCAAAAAUUGCACCAUCUACUGCAUGUUGUUCCAUCGUAAACAAGAUUGAUUCUGGUUGUGUUUGUAGCCAUGUCACCAAAAGGGUGGAAAGUCUAAUCAGUAUGGACAAAGCUGUUUUCGUUGCUACUUAUUGUGGUAGACCACUUCCUCAUGGAUCCCAGUGUGGAAGUUAUACAGUUCCAGCUGCAUGA